AUGUCUGUAAUCACUGAGCAAAACACCCAACCGACGAUCACGAUGCCCACCAUCAUCGAGGAACGUCUCGAUACUUUUCUCGAGGGUGAUUCCUCUCAGUUUGCAGAUGCUCGAGUCGCAGUACUAGAGCCGGCCUACGACAGCUAUCUCUUCUCCAACAACCUGCGCAGCGAUGAGCCAACUCCCUCUUCCAUUCAACUCCUCCAUUCCUCCGAAAUCGCCAUCACGAUAUCGCGCUGUGCCAAGACUGGAGUGGCCACAGAUCUAACCAUCGUCAAAAUAUCAGAUCCUCUCGCAGACAACUUUGUAGGCUACUCCCCAGAAGAAAGGUGCAUAGUGUUCAGGGGCGAGAGAGGCCUGGUGGACGAUUUUGUAGGCUUUGCGGAACUAGUUGCAGGAGAAAAUCAGGUCACGGUUAUUCUAAAAGCCCUAAAACAAGUCCGAAUACCUCCACAGGGUUUGGAGUAUGGUCUCACAUUUGAGCGGUUUGUCGACCGUGUUGAAGUGCUCGAGUGCGCUAUGUGGAUUAGAACUUCACCCAGCGAACAAGAUGGAGGGGUAAACAAAUUUGUCGAGUUUGUCAGCGCAUCUCAAACUCCUCAGCCUAUCCCAUCCAAACAAACCAUAUCCAAUGGUUUUCAUGCCACAGACGAUGACAAGCCCACUCUCAAGGUCUUAGAGAUUCACAACUCAGUUACAGACAAGGGUACAUUCGGUUCUGACUCUUCAUCCCCUCUAUCUUCUCCUCCACCCUUCGAUGAGUCUGAGGAUUGGGAGUUUCCAUUCAGCGACUCUAGCUCGCCACUAUCUCCCCCUCCUGAGAUAAUCGAGACUCCCCCAUGGCUCAGCCAUUCCGAGUCAUGA